UUCACUUUGCCCUUAAUCCAUGUGUUGACCUGUUGGAAACACCUUCUAGAAACAUAACAGUUUUCAGUCUCCUAAUAAAUUCUGUUGUGUCCAAGAAGAGCCUGUCCAAAUGAGCAAGACAUCCCAACAGAACACCGCUACAGAUGCAAACGGAGUAAGCGUGAUUCACACCCAAGCACACACCAGUGGUUUGCAGCAGGUUCCCCAGCUGGUGCCCGUUAGUCCUGGUGGUGGAGGCAAAGCUGUGCCUCCGAGCAAACAGGGAAAGAAAAAUUCCUUUGUGGAUAGAAACAGUGAUGAGUAUCGUCAGCGCAGAGAACGAAACAACAUGGCAGUGAAAAAGAGCCGGUUAAAAAGCAAGCAGAAAGCACAAGACACGCUGCAAAGGGUUAACCAGCUCAAAGAAGAAAACGAACGUUUAGAGGCAAAAAUUAAGCUCCUGACCAAGGAGCUGAGCGUACUGAAAGACUUGUUCCUCGAGCACGCGCACAAUCUUGCAGACAAUGUGCAACCUGUUGGCACUGAAACCACCACAACAAAUCCGGAAAACAAUGGACAGUAGACACUGUUGCAACCUUAUGAAAUGAACUCUCGAGGUGCAGCUUGUCUGCAGUGCCC